GAACUCCCGAGUCGUUCGACAAAGAACUCACAUUUUAGGCAAGGACCCCAGUUCAACCAAUCCCUACGACAGCAUGGACAACUCGCCCCUUAUGCCACGACCGAUACAAGUAGACUCAUCUAAACCACAGAAAGGGCAACGCGUAGGAGACAAAGUACCAGCUGAUGACACCAAUAAAAACAGAACGCCAGUCGUACUACCCCGUGGACGAUUCAAAGAAAAAUUUCAAGGCUUGAGGGAACGCUUUGAUCAAGUCGUAGGGUUACACGAGGAGCUCGAGAGAGAUCUUGAGCUUGCAAAUGCACGCAUACGAAAGCUUCAAGCUGAGAACGACUUGCUUCUUGAUGCUAUCAAUCUCACAGUUCCAGCAACACCUUCCCUCAUGCAUCUCACGCGUCCCUCACCGACACUAUAUUCACACUCUGUUGCACCUCCAGCGGCGCCGCCUCCACCUCACCACAUAAACGGACACAGUGUUCCUCAUGCUAACGGGAGGUAUCGCCCAGUAGAUCCACAUGAUAUCACAACUUUGGAGCGGGAUCGGGAUCGUGAUUACCGGGAUAUUCCUCCUGAAACUACAGUGAACGGGCGCUUGUGAAUACGAGCCAAAUGCAUAACCUUCAAUUGAAACCUAUUCAUAAGCCCAACAUUCUGUCGUCUUCGUCUUCGCUAACAAAGUCUGCUGGUUCUCAAUCUUUCCUUAUUUGGACUGGUAGAGGUUCCUGUUGGUACAGGAACAAGACCUAAUAAUAUUACUCAUCAACUUCACUCGAUCAAGUGCUCCCAUUCAGUGAGCCAUUAACGCCAUUAUGCGUACCAUACGCGCUUGAUGGAUCCAAGGAGAACUUUGAUAGCUCCCGACGCACCUCAUGACAAGGUUACGUUUGUAGGCAUAUGGGUAGCCCGACAGAAUUAGUGCAUUGACCAGCCUCCGCCCUUGUC